AUGCUAGACACUCAGUUUUGGACAGAGACGUUGGAUUCUCCAACUCUCAACAUCCUGCCAUUUGAUUUCCAAAGACCCACAGAUGGUUCUAUCCAACAAGCAACACUUGAGUUUACAGUUCCAGAGAAUACCGAUUUUUUGACCGCAUUAACCGUAUAUGCAGUUCUCAUCUACAGAUUAACCGGUGAUGAUGAUUUGACCAUUGGCACAAAUGACGAAUUUGCACAGAAUGAGUUUGUUCUCAGAUUAAAUAUCGAUCCAAAGAAAACCUUCAGUGAACUAUAUCAGUAUGUCAAAUCCACCUAUGAAAAUUUCUAUUCUAAGCUAGUUCCUAUUGAGACUAUUGUGAAACAGUUACAAUCAUCUAAAGAUUUGGAAAAACCACCUGCUUUGUUCAAAUCGUCUUUUCAGUUCUCCGGCUCUUCGGACUCGUUGAGCACAACUGUUCCAGGUUCUAUUAGAGACAUGGCCAUUUAUUUCAAUAAGGAUUCAGUUGUAACUAUUCACUACAACUCUCUUUUAUAUAAGGAGGAAAGAAUUCACUUUUUCUCCGAACAGUUUUCUCAGGUUGUGGAGAUUGUCAAGAAGGACAAAAACCAAGUCAUUUCUAAAAUUUCGUUAAUCACACCUGAACAAAGGGCAGUGCUACCAGACCCGACAAUUGAUCUUGACUGGUCCAAUUUUAGGGGUGCAAUCCAGGACAUUUUUGCAGACAAUGCUGACAAGCAUCCAGAUAGGACAUGUGUUGUUGAAACUGCUUCGUUUCUUGAUGAAAAAUCUAAAGAUAGGCACUUCACCUAUAGGCAAAUCAAUGAAGCUUCUAAUAUUGUUGGUAACUAUUUAGUCAAAACCGGUAUUAAGAGGGGCGACAUUGUGAUGAUUUAUGCUUACAGAGGCGUCGACUUAAUGGUGUCUGUCAUGGGUGUCCUAAAAGCCGGUGCUACUUUCUCUGUCAUUGACCCUGCUUACCCUCCUGCGAGACAAACCGUCUAUUUAAAGGUUGCAAACCCACAAGGUAUUAUUGGAAUUAAGAAGGCAGGCGUCAUUGAUGACUUGGUUGAAAAUUACAUUAGAGAAGAAUUGAACGUCAUUACCCGGAUUCCGGAAAUCGAACUCCAAGAUGAUGGUUCUAUAUUGGGUGGAAUUGUAAACGGUAAAGACAUUCUAGCUGAAUAUGAACAAUACAAGUCUCAAAGAACAGGUGUUGUUGUUGGUCCGGAUUCUAACCCUACCUUAUCAUUCACGUCGGGAUCUGAAGGAUUACCAAAGGGUGUUCUUGGUAGACAUUUCUCACUUGCCUACUACUUCCCAUGGAUGGCUAAGACCUUCAACUUGUCCGAAAACGAUAAAUUCACGAUGUUGUCAGGUAUUGCCCAUGAUCCUAUCCAAAGAGAUAUGUUUACACCUUUGUUCCUUGGUGCAACCUUGCUUGUUCCAACUCAAGAUGAUAUUGGUACUCCAGGAAAACUAGCCGAAUGGAUGUCCAAGCAUGGUGCCACGGUUACUCACCUAACACCAGCAAUGGGUCAAUUGUUGAGCGCACAAGCUACAGCUGACAUCAAGAGCUUACACCAUGCCUUCUUUGUUGGUGAUAUUUUAACAAAGAGAGACUGUCUCCGUUUGCAAACGCUAGCAGAAAACUGCUACAUUGUUAACAUGUAUGGUACCACCGAAACCCAAAGGGCGGUUUCAUAUUUUGAAAUUCCAAGCCGUUCUAAAGACUCUCAUUUCUUAGAAACCCAGAAAGAUAUUAUGCCCGCGGGUAAAGGUAUGCUGAACGUCCAGUUAUUAGUUGUCAAUAGAAAUGAUAGAACUCAAACCUGUGGUAUUGGUGAAGUUGGUGAAAUUUAUGUCAGAGCAGCGGGCCUGGCCGAAGGCUACAGAAUGAACGAUGCUUUGAAUAAGGAAAAGUUUGUUAACAACUGGUACGUUCCAGUCGAUAAAUUCAUUGCCAAGGAUAAAGAGAUUUCUAAAAACGAGCCAUGGAGGGAAUUCUGGAAAUUACCAAGAGAUAGACUAUAUAGAACUGGUGAUUUAGGAAGAUACUUACCUGAUGGUAACUGUGAAUGCUGUGGCCGUGCAGAUGAUCAAGUUAAGAUUAGAGGCUUUAGAAUCGAAUUGGGAGAAAUUGAUACACAUAUCUCUCAGCAUCCUUUGAUCAGAGAAAACAUUACUUUGGUGAGAAAAGAUAAGAAUGGUGAACCUUUACUUGUGACAUUCCUUGUCCCUAAGGCUGUUGAUGAAUUAGCAAAUUACAAGAAUGUCACCCCGGAGACAGAGGCCAUUGAAGAUCCGAUCGUUAGAGGAUUAGUGGAGUAUGCUGAAUUGAUUAGGGAUCUAAAGCUGCACUUAAAGAAGAGAUUAGCCUCAUAUUCUAUUCCAACUAUAGUUAUUCCAAUGACGAAGUUACCUUUGAACCCUAACGGUAAAGUCGAUAAGCCAAAAUUACAAUUACCAUCUGAGAAGCAGUUGGCGCAAGUUGCUCAAAUUUCUGCUGCAAAUGACACAUCAGAUGCCGAGUUCACUGAAAUGGAGGCAAAGAUUAGAGACUUAUGGAUCACUGUUUUGCCAAACAGGCCUUCCACUAUUCACCCAGAGGACUCAUUCUUUGACUUGGGAGGUCAUUCUAUUUUAGCAACUAGAAUGAUUUUUGAAUUGAGAAAAAAACUAUUCAUUGAUGUUCCAUUAGGGACUAUUUUCAAGCACCCAACCAUUUCAUCAUUUGCUUCAGCAGUUCAAAGGUUAUCAAACAUGGAAGAUGGUUCUGAAACAGCGGAAAAUGAUGCCGUGGAAAAUGAAAACGCCUCAAAGAUUGAUUAUUAUGAAGACGCGGUUAAACUUUCAAAGACCCAAUUGAAACAUACAUAUCAGACAUUGGAGAGACUUGAUCCUUCGAAAGAAAUCAAUAUUUUCCUUACUGGUGCAACAGGUUUCUUGGGUACUUUCAUUGCGAAGGAACUAUUACAGCGUUCUGAACUCAACAUCAAAAUCUAUGCACAUGUUCGUGCCAAGGAUCCUGAAACAGGUCUCCAAAGAUUAAUUAAGACCAGCAAGACUUACGGUGUUUGGGAUAAUUCUUACAAGUCUAAGCUUGAAGUUGUUCUAGGCGAUUUGUCGAAGCCCCAGUUUGGAUUAAGCGACGAAUCUUGGAAUAAACUAUCUUCCACAAUUGAUGUCAUUAUCCAUAAUGGUGCUCUUGUCCAUUGGGUUUAUCCUUAUGACAAAUUAAGAGACGCAAACGUCAUUUCUACAAUUAAUGUUUUAAACAUGUGCUCCGAGGGUAAGGCCAAGCAUUUUACAUUUGUUUCAAGUACUUCAACUGUCGAUGUUCCACACUAUGUUGCAUUAGGUGCAAGUUUACAUUCUAAGGAGAAGGAUAUCGGCGGGAUUCUUGAGUCCGAUGAUCUGAUGGCAGCCAAAUCGGGAUUAGGUACAGGAUAUGGUCAGUCCAAAUGGUCUGCUGAGUUUAUAAUCCGUCGUGCUGGUGAGUUGGGCCUAAGGGGUGCUAUUAUUAGACCUGGUUACGUCCAGGGCUUCAGUGAGUCAGGUGCGGCAAACACCGAUGAUUUCUUGUUGAGAAUGCUGAAAGGGUGCGUUGAAGUUGGUUCUUACCCUGAGAUUACCAAUUCUGUGAAUACCGUUCCCGUUGACCAUGUUGCCAGAAUUGUUGCGGCCUCUGCAUUGCACCCUCCAGCUAAAACAGGUGAGAAAUUAUCCGUUGUUCAGGUCACUGGCCAUCCAAGGAUUAAGUUCAAUGAGAUGCUAGCUGCGCUAAACGACUUUGGUUACGAAGUUAGAAAAGAGGAAUACCGUGCAUGGUGUAAGACAUUAGAAAAAUUUGUUAUUGAUGAUGGCAAUGAUAAUGCGUUAUUCCCAUUAUUGCACAUGGUUCUCGGCAACUUGCCAGAAGACAGUCUGGCUCCUGAAUUGGACGAUAGAAAUGCCCGUGAGGUUUUAGCCGAAGACAAAAAAUGGUAUGGCAGUGACGAUGCCAAACAUGCUAGAGGUGUCACAAAGGAAGUUUUAGCGGUAUAUGUCUCUUAUCUAAUCAAAAUUGGAUUUUUACCAAAACCUGAAAAGACACCAACAGUUGCAAUUCCUGAUGUUAAAAUCAGCGAAGAAUCGAUUGAGUUAAUUAGAUCCGGUGCAGGCGCUAGAACAAGUGCCAACUGA